UGCUAACAUCGGGGGAAAAAACAUGGCGGACGAAGUGGACCAAGAAAACAUUCCACCGUGUUUUGAUUGCCAUGCUCACAUAUAUGCUGAUGAGUUGAGCCAAGACAUAGAUGAUGUCAUCAAGGCUGCACAAAAGAAUGGAGUUGCUGCCGUCGUAGGUGUAACAGAGUUUCAAAGUGACUUUCAAAAGUUGUUAGAUCUUACUUCAAGGUACCCUGAUUUUGUUGCCCCAUGUCUUGGUAUUCAUCCAGUUCAGCAAUUGACUCCUGAAAGAAGUGUGACUAUGGAUGAUCUGAUUGGUGUGGAAGACAUCAUUAGACAGAACCAACACAACCUUUUUGCUAUUGGUGAGAUUGGUUUGGAUUUUACUCCAAGAUUUAUUAAAUCAGACAAAGACAAAGACAACCAAAAAGAAGUAUUUAUUCAACAGAUCCAACUAGCUAUGGAACUAGAUCUUCCUGUAAAUGUCCAUUCAAGGUCUGCAGGAAGACAUGUUAUACAGAUAUUAAGAGACCAAGGUGCUAAACGUGUUAAUCUACAUGCAUUUGAUGGUCGAGCAUCUGUUGCAUUGACUGGAGUAGAGGCUGGUUUCUUUUUCUCCAUCCCUCCAUCUAUCGUACGAUCCGAGCAAAAACAAAAACUGGUCAAACAAGUUCCUUUAUCAAAUCUUUUGUUGGAAACUGAUUCUCCUGCACUAUCACCUGUCAAACAGACUCGCAAUGAACCCAAAAAUAUAGUGAUUUCCUGCAAAGAGAUUGCAAGAAUAAAGGGCGUAUCCAUGGAAACAGUAUUUCAAGAAACAACUAAAAAUGCACUCAAACUAUUUCCAAAGCUGGCAAAAUUUCUGCCAAAAUGAAAAGUUAUUACUGAAAAGAAAUUACUGAAAACAUAAGUUAUAGUUUU